AUGCUUCUGUUUCUGAUGCUGCUGAAGGUCUCACACAUUGUGUACAAAGUCCAUACUAUUAAAUGCACCGGAAAUAACCCUGCAUAUAUUCCACAUGAGUGGUAUGAGCCAGGCGAUUUCAUCAUUGGUGGGAUGGCAUCUCAUAUUCAUUUCUUUUUCCCAAAAAAUUUGUUCAACAAGCACCCUUCUAAGGAGACGUUUAAGCUCCCAAUUGUGGUGACGAAGUUCUACCAGCACAUCUUGGCCUUGGUGUUUGCCGUUGAUGAGAUCAAUAAGAAUCCCAAGAUCUUGCCCAAUGUCACUCUCGGAUUCCACAUCUAUGACAGCUACUCUGAUUCAAGGAUGACCUACCGCACCACUCUGGACUUGCUGUUUAACUCCCAUCAGUUUCUCCCCAACUAUAAAUGUUACAUCCAGGAAAAUGUAAUAGGAGUCAUUGGGGGACUGAACUAUGAUACCUCCUCACGCAUGGUAGACAUCUUAGGUCUUUAUAAGAUUCCACAGAUUUCAUUUGGUGCCUUUGAACAAGCAAUGAGUGAUCAUACCACUUUCCCUGCCUUUUACCGAAUGGUCCCCAAUGAAGCCCUGGAAUACCAAGGACUUGUCCAGUUACUUCUGCAUUUCCAGUGGAAAUGGCUCCAUUCGUUGAUACAGAAGGUCUCAUUCAACAACAGUGCUGGAGAUGAAAUUGCAUUUAAUGGUUGUGGAGAGUUAACAGGUGGCUUUGAUGUGACAAACUUAGUCACUUUCGCAAAUCACUCCUUUGUCAGGGUCAAAGUGGGAAGACUGGAUCCUCAUGCUAUUCCAGGCAAAUUAUUAACCAUUAAUGAAAAUAGAAUUGUAUGGCAGAGAGCCAUGACUAAGGUGCCACCUCUUUCCCUCUGUAAUAACCCCUGCCAUCCAGGUUACAGCAAGAAGAAGAAGGAAGGGGAGAAAUUUUGCUGCUAUGACUGUGAUCCAUGUCCAGAAAGGAUGUUCUCAAACCAGGAUGACAUGGAAACUUGUGUCAAUUGUCCAGUUGAUCACUAUCCAAAUAAAUUCCACGAUGAAUGCAUCCUUAAGAAUCCAAACUUCCUAGCUUUUGAAGACACUUUGGGCAUCAUUUCAACGUCUUUUGCACUUGUAUUGUCUCUGACCACAGUUCUGGUGCUUGGCAUCUUCAUUAGAAACAGGGACACUGCCCUAGUGAAAGCCAACAAUCGAAGCUUGACCUAUAUUCUCCUCUUCUCUCUCCUCUUGUCUUUCCUCUGUUCCUUUCUGUUCAUUGGAAAGCCUAAUAAGGCCACCUGCCUUCUUCAACAAACAGUGUUUGGCAUUGUCUUCUCUGUGUCACUUUCAACCAUCUUGGCAAAAACCCUAUCUGUGCUUUUGGCAUUCAUAGCUACCAAACCAGGAUCCCAGAUGAGGAAGUGGGUGGGGAAAAGGUUGUCAUAUUCCACUGUUCUCUCAUGCUCUGUUAUUCAAACAUGGAUCUGUGCUCUGUGGUUGGCUACAUCUCCUCCAUUCCCAGAUUUGGACAUGACCUCAAUGGCUGAAGAAAUUGUCCUGUUGUGUAAUGAAGGGUCAGCCACCAUGCUCUAUUGUGUCUUUGGCUACAUGGGCCUCUUGGCUGCUGCCAGCUUUACUGUGGCCUUCCUGGCCAGGAAGUUGCCUGACAGUUUUAAUGAAGCCAAGUUCAUCACCUUCAGCAUGUUGGUCUUUUGCAGUGUGUGGGUGUCCUUUGUUCCAAUCUACCAGAGCACCAGAGGAAAAAACAUGGUGGCUGUGGAGAUCUUCUCUAUCUUGGCCUCUAGCACUGGGUUACUCUGCUGCAUAUUUUCCCCCAAAUGUUACAUUAUUGUAGUGAGGCCUGAAUUGAACAAGAAAGAGCAUCUAAUGCGAAGAAAGAUAUAA